AUACGUGUGAAUCACAUGAAGUAUAAUAUCUUCGAGGAUAUGGCAGCAGCUGCGACUCUGAGAUUAACGAUUCCUUUAGCAUUCUCCACUCACCCUCUAACCUCUUCCCUACGGUUCCGAGCAAUCAAAUCAAUCGGCAAGGAGACAUCAUCCUUCAGAACGGUGAAAAUGGCAGCUACUGUUGGGUCCGACCCUGAAACGACGUCGUCUACUUCCAGAGUCAUCGAUUCCCAUCUCCACAUCUGGGCUUCUCCUCAAGAGGCCGCGACUUACCCUUAUUUUCCAGGCCAAGAACCUACAUUGACUGGUGAUGUCGAGUUCUUGCUCAAGAACAUGGAAGAUGCAAGAGUAGAUGGAGCUCUUAUUGUGCAACCCAUCAAUCACAAGUUUGAUCACUCUUUAGUUACAAGUGUUCUGAAGAAGUACCCGUCGAAGUUUGUCGGAUGCUGCCUUGCAAAUCCUGCAGAAGAUGGCAGUGGAAUUAAGGAGCUUGAGAGUCUUGUUCUAGAGAGUAACUAUCGCGCUGUUCGGUUCAAUCCCUAUUUGUGGCCGUCGGGUCAGAAGAUGACAAAUGCUGUUGGAAAAGCUAUGUUCUCCAAGGCAGGGGAGCUUGGUGUGCCUGUUGGCUUCAUGUGCAUGAAGGGUCUGGAUCUGCACAUAGCAGAGAUUGAGGAACUGUGCACAGAGUUCCCAAAUACAACUGUUUUACUAGAUCACGCUGGAUUCUGCAAAGUACCAGAAAAUGGUGAGGCUAAGGAUACUUAUUCUCAACUCAUGGAGCUCUCUAGAUUCCCACAGGUAUAUGUGAAAUUCAGUGCUCUAUUCAGGAUAUCAAGAACUGGUUUCCCCUAUCAGGACCUAACGCCUCUCCUAUCUCAAGUUGUAUCCAAUUUUGGGGCAAAUCGUGUCAUGUGGGGCAGUGACUUCCCAUUUGUGGUUCUUGAAUGUGGAUACAAAGAAGCCAAAGAAGCUGUGACCAUUAUUGCAAAACAAGCAUCCUUGUCAAGUUCUGACAUGGACUGGAUCAUGGGAAAGACGUUGAUGCAGCUCUUCCCUGGACAAUGGGUUCUUCCUUGAGAGGUUGCAUGAGUAUGAGCUAAUCAAGCAAACAAUGGAGUUUAUAUCAUCGAAGACACUAAAUGUAUACCAAUUUAGUAAACAGGCACUAGUUUUCUGUAUUGAAAGCCUGACACCUGCUGGUUGAUAUCAUAAUGCUUUACUAUGAGAGUUAUAGAGGACAUGGAUACUGGCUUCUAUGGUACUAGUAGUGCUUUGAUCGACAAUGUAUUUUCUACAAUGGGUGGAGACGUAAGAGUGUGAUAUAUUAGAAUUUGAUCA